AUGUCUAGUGUAAAUGUUUUAGAUGAAGCUCGGAGGCAUGGUGUUGAAGCAAUUAUCUCGAACAUGUCAGAAGCCUUUGUAACAAAUGCUACAAAAAGGUCUCAAGAAGAUAUAACAGUUGCAGGGUCACCAAAGAAGUGCCGAAUGGAUCCCAGUUUCAAUGUCUCAUUCGAUGAAUACAUCAAUAAUGCUAAUGCUACUCACAUGAAUGCUCUAUCUAGCAUAGUCGAUUUGACUGAAAAUUCAGGGAUACGAAAGAAAUUCUCAGAUCAUGUGUGGAAAUCACUUAUUCUUGGUGUUGAUAAGUUGCAACUGAUCUCAAUAACAACUCUUGGGGAAAAACUUAUUUGUGAAUAUAGUGAGGUUUGUGUGAAGGAGUCACCCUUGAUCAUGGAAAGCAUUUGGCUUCAAAAUUGGAACCUGGCAGCUGGAAAUGAGACCACCAUGAAAAUCCAAUGGUUGUAUGGACAUUUGUACUUCAAAAACGAUCCACCAAGCAUAUGUGGUUCAGAAAUGGAUCAUAUUGUGAACAUAGUAGCACCCAUUAUUAACACUCUCCUCAGUGGUUAUGGUAAAUGGAUUGAAUGGGACCAGUCUGAUUGUUCGAACAGAUGUCAUCCUGAUAUCAAGAUAAUUAUUAAGGACAAGAGCAAUACAGUGUGUGCUGUUGGAGAAGUGGCAUGA